AUGUCCAACCUUGCGAACCUUGCUCUUGAUGGUGGGGACCCGCGACUCUCUAAAGAUGCUGAAGAUCCCGCGUUGAGGAAGGAGGAGGGGGUCUUCUCAACAGACUCAGACCAAGGUAUCACGCCUGCGAUUCGACCCCAGAAUCGAGUUCCACAUGACGCCUCUAUCAGUUUUGCUGAAUACGCCUACUAUGCCGCAAGAACUCGCGCCGAAGAAGAAGAGCACGUGGGAGACAUCGCCGCGACACAAAGCUGGGUCCAGAUGAUCUUCCCCAGCAAGUCGGGUAUGGGAGCAAGCAAUGUUUCUGGCGCCGAGAAGCAGGGUGCAGAAAUCAAUGCAAAUACGAACUUGGCCAAGGCUGAGAACCGCAACCAUAUCACUGCUGAAGAAUGGACGAAUGCUAGUCGUGCAUUGAGAACUGCAACGAAGAGUGCAAUCUUCUACCUUAUUACUACGGAUAUCCUGGGACCUUUUGGACUUCCUUAUGCUUUUGCUACCACUGGCUGGGGUCCAGGUAUUACCCUCUUUACAGUUUUCGCUGUUCUUGCAGGAUACUCGGGAUAUCUGCUAUGGACCAUUUUUAUGGGCAUGGAUUCAUACGAAUUUCCCAUCAAGACUUACGGUGACAUGGGAUUCCGCCUCAUGGGCCGCUGGACGCGCUACCUAUUCAACAUCCUGCAAUCGAUCCAACUGAUCCUAAGUGUGGGACUCAUCAUCGUAUCUAACGGCGAGGCUCUUUCACAAGCAGCCAAAUUUAAACUCUGCUUUGCCAUCUGCUGCUUAGUCUGGACUCUCGCUGGCUUCUUCUUCGGCCAAGUUCGCACAUUGCAGAAGUUUGGCUGGUUGGCUAAUGCUGCUGUGUGGAUCAAUGUUAUUUGCAUGAUCAUCACUAUGGGCGCUGCUGCUCACACCGCUCCUAAUUAUAAAGGUGCUGCUGAGUCCGCUGGUGCAACUCUUAACGGUGGUACAUCCAUCACUCCCGACUCCAAUGGCGUCUUCCCUGGGGUUCAACAUUCGGCUGGACUUCCUCCUUCCGGUGGCUUUGCUGGUAGUGUCAACGGUGCAAUGCAAGCUGUUUUCUCAUAUGGAGGUGCUAUGAUCUUCCCCGAGUUCAUGUCGGAGAUGAGAUACCCGAGAGAUUUCUUGAAGGGCAUGUGGGCUGCUCAGUCGUUCAUCUAUAUCAUCUAUAUGUUUUAUGGCCUCUUCAUGUAUGGAUACCAAGGCCAAUACGUUAUCAACCCAAGUUACCUAGGAAUCGGAAAGUAUAAUUUCCAAACUGCCGGUAAUGUCUUCGCAAUGAUUAGCGCCCUCAUCGCAGCCGCUCUCUAUGGCAACAUUGGCAUCAAAGUCAUGUAUAACAGCAUUUUCGUCGAACUAUUCCACGCACCCCCUCUCUCCACCAAAGCCGGAAAGCUCGUCUGGGUCGGUCUAAUCCCUGUCUACUGGUCCAUCGCCUUCGUGAUCGCAGCUGGUAUCCCCGAUUUCUCCGGCCUCACCGGCAUCGUCGCCGCCGUCUGCAUUCUACAAUUCACAUACACCUUCCCGCCCAUGCUGUCCAUAGCUUACAUGAUGAACAAGAACACUGCAGGCUCGUUUGAUCCCGCUACUGGCACCGAGACGAAGAGCGGGAAGGGGAUCCUGAAGGGCUUCUUUGCCGACAAGUGGUACUUGAAUUGCUUCAAUCUCGUGUAUAUGUUGGGCGCCCUGGCUAUGGCGGGGUUGGGCAGUUAUGCGGCGAUUGAGAAUCUGAUUGCGGCGUUUAAGAGCGGGGCGACGAAUUCGUUUGUUUGUAAGAGUCCGUUGGAUGGUUAG